GUAUGUAGUAGGCGGUUUCGGACGCAGCAUUUGUGUAUCCUCAGCGUUUUUCUCUCUUGAGUUUAAACAGAGUCUUGCCUCUGAGUAUUUUAGCGUUGAUAAUGAGUAAACAGAGCUUACAGGAGGAACAAACCUCCACAGAGUCUCUGGAUUCUGUCUGUAACGCUGGAGAACAGCAGCAGAUCCUGCAGACCAAACUGAAGAUGUGUUCAGUCAAACUCAUCGACUGCAGGAACAUCAUGAUGAAAAUAAAAACUAAGCCCACAAAAGAGAAAGAUCACACUAAGGCAUCAGGUGUGAAGAGUAACUCAUGUUUGGAUAUAGAAAUAACGUCCUCAACAUCAAAAGAGCGACUGACAGCACAAAGUUUUUCCUGCAUCACAUGUGGAAAGACAUUCCGCUUAAAGAGAUAUUUAAAGACACAUGAGAAGAAACUUCAUUCAGAAGAGCACAGAGAGAAAAAGAAGCAGCAGUUUCCCUGUGAGCAGUGUGGGAUUAUUUGUUGCAAUAAAUUUAAUCUAAUAGGUCACAUGAGGAUACACAGUGGUGAAAAGCCUUUCUGCUGCACUGAAUGUGGAACUUACUUCAGAAUGAAAGGAUCUCUUAAAAGUCAUCAGAGAAUUCACACUGGAGAAAAACCGUACCCAUGCUCUCAGUGUGACAAGACGUUUGCUAAUUUAGGUCUCUUAAAAGUCCAUCAAAGGCAUCAUACUGGAGAGAAACCUUACGUUUGUGCUCACUGUGGAAAGCGCUUCUCUACUUCAUCUCAAUGUACAGUUCAUAAAAGAGUUCAUACUGGAGAGAAACCUUAUCACUGUAGUGUCUGCGGGAAGACUUUUAGUAAACUGGAAAACUUAAAAAGGCACAAGAGAACUCACACGGGUGUAAAACCUUUUAAUUGCUCUCAGUGUGACAAGAUGUUCGCUCAGUCCUAUCACUUAAAAGCCCAUCAGAGAGUUCACACAGGAGAGAAACCUUAUCACUGUAGUGUCUGCGGGAAGAGUUUUAGUGGACACAGUUCCUUACGAAAUCACAAGAGACUUCAUACAGGUGAUAAACCUUUCAAAUGCUCUCAGUGUGACAAGACGUUUACUCAUUCAUGUUACUUACAAAUCCAUCAGAGAGUUCAUACUGGAGAGAAACCUUAUCACUGUAGUCUCUGUGGGAAGAGUUUUACUGGAAAUCCGAGCUUAAAAAGUCACAAGAGAAUUCAUACAGGUGAAAGACCUUUCAAAUGCACUCAGUGUGAAAAGACUUUUUCUCAUUUAGGUUACUUAAAAGCCCAUCAGAGAGUUCAUACGGGAGAAAAACCUCAUCAGUGUAGUGUCUGUGGGAAGAGUUUUGGUCAUAAGUCUGCCUUACUAACGCACCGGAGAGUUCAUACAGGUGAAAAACCUUUCAAAUGCUCGCAGUGUGACAUGACGUUUACUCAUUUAGGUUCCUUAAAAUCCCAUCAGAGAGUUCACACUGGAGUAAAACCUUACUUCUGCACUCGAUGCGACAAGAGCUUUUCUAAGUCAUCUCUAUUCAGAGUUCAUCAAGAGAAAGUUCAUACUGGAGAGAAACUGGAUGGGCCCGUGGUUGGAUCACUAAUGGACACAGAGCUCCACUUCGACUCAGACGGCAGCAAGGUGGAGGUGGGGUACUGGUAUCAGAAAGAAAGAGAGCGCGCGUGUGAUGUGUUUGUGUAUCCUCAGUGUUUUUCUCUCUUGAGUGUAAACAGAGUCUUCCCUCUGAGUAUUUUAGCGUUGAUAAUGAGUAAACAGAGCUUACAAGAGGACCAAAGCUCCACAGAGUCUCUAGAUUCUGUCUGUAACGCUGGAGAACAGCAGCAGAUCCUGCAGACCAAACUGAAGAUGUGUUCAGUCAAACUCAUCGACUGCAGGAACAUCACGAUGAAGAUAAAAACUAAACCCACAAAAGAGAAAGAUCACACUAAGGCAUCAGAGUCUGCAUGCCUGAACUUGACUCCGACAUACGACACAAGGGGGUGUGGUGUGAAGAGUAACUCACGUUUGGAUAUAGAAAUGACGUCCUCAACAUCAAAAGAGCGACUGACAGCACAAAGUUUUUCCUGCAUCACCUGUGGAAAGACAUUCAGCUUAAAGAGAUAUUUAAAGAGACACGAGAAGAAACUUCAUUCAGAAGAGCACAGAGAGAAAAAGAAGCAGCAGUUUCCCUGUGAGCAGUGUGGGAAGAUUUGUUGCAAUAAAUUUAAUCUAAAGGGUCACAUGAUGAUACACAGUGGUGAAAAGCCUUUCUACUGCACUGAAUGUGGAACUUACUUCAGAAUGAAAGGAUCUCUUAAAAGUCAUCAGAGAAUUCACACUGGGGAAAAACCUUACAAAUGCUCUCAGUGUGACAAGACGUUUGCUAAUUUAGCUCACUUAAAAGUCCACCAAAGGCGUCAUACUGGAGAGAAACCUUACAUUUGUACUCACUGUGGAAAGUGCUUCUCUAGUUCAUCUCAAUUUACAGUUCAUAAAAGAGUUCAUACUGGAGAGAAACCUUAUCACUGUAGUGUCUGUAGGAAGAGUUUUAGUAAACUGGAAAACUUGCAAAGUCACAAGAGAAUUCACACGGGGGAAAAACCUUUCAAUUGCUCUCAGUGUGACAAGAUGUUUACUCAGUCCUAUCACUUAAAAGCCCAUCAGAGAGUUCACACAGGAGAGAAACCUUUCCACUGUAGUGUCUGCGGGAAGAGUUUUAGUGGACACAGUUCCUUACGAAAUCACAAGAGACUUCAUACAGGUGAUAAACCUUUCAAAUGCUCUCAGUGUGACAAGACGUUUACUCAGUCCUCUAACUUAAAAGCACAUCAGAGAGUUCAUACUGGAGAGAAACCUUAUCACUGUAGUCUCUGUGGGAAGAGUUUUAGUGGAAAUGCUAGCUUACAAAGUCACAAGAGAAUUCAUACAGGUGAAAGACCUUUCAAAUGCACUCAGUGUGAAAAGACUUUUUCUCAUUUAGGUUACUUAAAAGCCCAUCAGAGAGUUCAUACGGGAGAAAAACCUCAUCAGUGUAGUGUCUGUGGGAAGAGUUUUGGUCAUAAGUCUACCUUACUAAAGCACCGGAGAGUUCAUACAGGUGAAAAACCUUUCAAAUGCACUCAGUGUGACGUGACGUUUACUCAAUUAGGUUCCUUAAAAUCCCAUCAGAGAGUUCACAUUGGAGUAAAACCUUACUUCUGCACUCAAUGCGACAAGAGCUUCUCUAAUUCAUCUCUAUUCAGAGUUCAUCAAGAGAAAGUUCAUACUGGAGAGAAACCUUAACACUAUAAUGUUUGUAGGAAGAGUUUACCUCCCACUCCCCUCCCCUGUUGCAAGUCAUGUGUUUUUCAUGGUGUACUGAUUAUGUGUUUAUGUUGCUGAGGUGUUUUCCUGUUCCCACAGGAUCAUAUAGUCUGGGGGUUGUUUUUUCUCCUCCCCUCCCUCAUGUUAUGCUGUAUUUCUUUCUCAAUCCCCCGUCUUCCUGUCCUGUCCCCCCCCAUUGUCAUAUUGUAUGUAUUGUAUAUAUGGGCAGGUUUAUGGGUAAUUUUGCUGGUACCUGUGACCAGUGACAAUAAAGUACUACUACUGCUA